UUGGAAAAGAAGAUUAGAUAUUUUCUCCAUAGGUUCUCUAUCUCUGUCACGUUCAGUACCUUCAACGUCAGCUUCGCCGUCUCGAUCUGAACAAUCCAUUUUUUAUACACAAAGUUCCAUACAUGGCAACAUUUAGUAGUAGUAAAUCCCAAAGCUUCGUUGUCUUCUUUAUUCCAAUAAAGAUUUGCAGAUAAUAAAGAAGGGAGUUAGUUAUGGAUAGUUCAGAGAGAGCACCGUGCGAUUUCUGCGGCGAGCGUGCGGCGGUAUUGUUUUGUAGAGCCGAUACGGCGAAGCUUUGUUUGCCGUGUGAUCAGCACGUCCACACGGCGAAUCUCUUGUCGAGGAAGCACGUUCGAUCUCAGAUAUGUGAUAACUGCGGUAACGAGCCCGUCUCUGUACGUUGCUUCACCGAUAAUUUUGUUUUGUGUCAGGAGUGUGAUUGGGAUGUUCACGGGAGCUGCUCUGUUUCCGAUGCUCAUGUUCGAUCCGCCGUUGAAGGUUUCUCCGGCUGUCUGUCGGCGCUGGAGCUUGCUGCUUUAUGGGGGAUUGAUUUGGAAGGAGGGAGGAAAAAAGAAGAAGAAGAAGAAGAGAGUCAAGUUCCGAUGAUGGAGAAUUUGGGGAUGCAGUUGGAUUCGUGGGUUUUGGGAUCUGAUGUUGUUCUCCAGGAUUUGAUUGUUCCUAGUGAUACUACGUUUAAUAAACGUGGGUCUUCUUCUAGUUGUGGGAGGUAUAAACAGGUGUUGUGUAAACAGCUUGAGGAGUUGCUUAAGAAGGAUGUUGUUGUUGGUGAUGAUGGUGAUUGUGAUCGUGAUGGAGAUGGAGAAGCAGGAGAAGGGAUUAUGGUUCCGGAGAUGCCUGAGAGGUUGGAAUGGGAAAGAGAUGUAGAGGAGAUCUAUGGCAGAGAAGUUAACCACUUGCCCCAGCAGACGUCCUUUACACCUUUGCUGUGGAAGGCUACUAAUCCUAGUGGUGGGCAGAGUUCUCAGAUAUGGGAUUUUAACUUGGGACAGUUAAGGGGACCCGAGGACACUAGCCAAAUGGAAGCUGCAUAUCUAGCAAAAGGUGCUGCUUCAUUCGCAAUCAACAACUUUGUUGACAAUAUGAAUGAAACUUGUUCCACUAACGUGAAAGGUGUAAAACGGAUUUGUAAGGAUGACUACAAGCGAUCAACAUCAUGCCAGGUACAAGUACAACCAACAACAUCUGAGAGCAACCAUCAUUCAGUUACCUUUGGCUCCGAGAAAGCUUCCAACUCCUCCUCCAGCGACUUGCAUUGCAUUGCUGGAACUAGUUGUAAGACCACAAGACUAUUGGCAACCAAGGCUGAUCUGGAGCGGCUGGCUCAGAACAGAGGCAAUGCAAUGCAGCGUUACAAGAAAAAGAGGAACACACGGAGAUAUGAUAAGACUAUAAGGUAUGAAUCGAGGAAGGCAAGAGCGGACACUAGGUUGCGUGUCAGAGGCAGAUUUGUGAAAGCUAGUGAAGCUCCUUAUCCUUAAGUCUCUACAUCAUAUAAGUUUCCCUUUACCCUUUUUAAAUUAAAAGAAAUAUGUUGUUGACUGUAUAUCUUGGUCUAUCAAAGCAAUUUAAAGUCUCACAAGCUAAUGCACCUUGACA